UAGACCUUUCCAUACUUGAGAGGACCUUUUCUCAUAUACCUUUCCACAUUACUAAUCUCCUUCUCUCUAUGAGAAAAGGUGUCCCUUUAAAUAGUAAUCGGAACCCUCUUAAUUGGAGUGCAAGGCUGAUGAGUUGAUUUCAGGCAAAGGUUAUGGGCCAUCGCUGCUGCACCAAACUCAAGAUUAAAAGAGGUUUAUGGUCUCCUGAAGAAGACGACAAGCUCGUCAAACACAUCACUCAACAUGGCCAUGGAAGUUGGAGCUCUGUGCCUAAACUUGCUGGCUUGCGCAGGUGUGGGAAGAGCUGCAGAUUGAGAUGGAUUAACUACUUGCAACCAGACUUGAAGAGGGGCUCCUUCACUGCUGAUGAAGAGCAGAUAAUCAUUGAUGUUCAUAGAAUUUUAGGCAACAGAUGGGCUCAGAUAGCCAAGCAUCUUCCUGGAAGAACAGACAAUGAAGUGAAGAACUUCUGGAACUCUUGCAUUAAGAAAAAACUGAUUUCCCAAGGCUUGGACCCCAAAACACACAAUCUUCUCUCUUUACGUCAAAGAGCCUCUAACAAAGUUGCAUGCAGAUAUCCAUCAUCGUCCCAAUCACAUCAAAGUUCCUUCACUGUUUUCAACAUCAAUUCGCAGGCUAGAGAUACCAACAGCACGGUGAUGAUGAACAUACCUGUUCCUACAUUUUCUAAUAAUCAAACCAUGGCAAUGCAGAUUCCGAGCUCUGAACCCCAAAACCCUAAUGCUUCUUACGCCCAGAAUCUUAAUGAGUCCGCCAUGUACCCUUAUGGCUCAUCAUUGGAUUCUAUAUUUGUUUCUCCUUCAUCUCCUUCGUCAAUUCAUCAGUUACCUGGUCUUGGUAACAUGUAUGAAAAUCCUUUCGUUUGGGAUGCUAACGCCAUCGUUGAAACAUUUGAAGAACCAAGAAUUGAAGGUCUACAAGCACGACAACAACAGCAACAAGAGAAGGAGAAGAUUUGCGUGAUAGAAAACGAGAUGGAUGCCUCAUUGGUGAGUGAUAGCUUAGACCUUGGCCUUCUUGAAUCCACACUCAUGUCGGCAGCAAUGUAUCGUGAUUUGAGCUCCAUGGAUGAUUUCGGAUGGAACUUUUAGGCCUACUUUAUGUGCACAUUGUUAAAUACACUUGCAUCUUUCCAAGCUUAUGCACUACAGAUAUUUAGUGCAACUUUUACUACUCAUGUUCAUGAAAUUUAUUGGAUUAAUUCCGGUCAAUUUGCUUUUCA